AUGGGAAUCUGGCGUAUUGGAUUUGGAGACACAUUCAGAUGUGAGCAACAAGUAUGCAUCAUUUAUUCGUACGAACAUAUCACGGCCUUCUGGAUUCUUGUCGGGGUGAUAUUUGGUGGCCAAUUUGAAGUAUUGACGACGGAUGAAUCUGGGAUUGCGGUGCUCUUCGUUCGUCAAAUCGACGGAGAGAAUCUCGCAAGCCACGUCGACAGACAUUGUCGCCGGCUUCUUUUCCAACUCGUUAUACCAUGUCGCCAGGCACGAGCGGAGGAAUGGAAUCUGAAAUUAGUAGGAGUUGAGGAAUCAUACGUGUUUUCUAUAAAUUUUAAGCCCAAAAUGGCAUUUUUUUGGGAAUUUUCACACUUUUCAGCUCCUCACCGGAUCUCGAAUCGGCCAAUCUGGGAAUCUCUGCGUAUUGCACAGAUGCCUGAGAUAAUAUACAUGACAGAACAAUUCCUGUGUCAAUUCUGGAUAAUCGAUGAGUGGAAUCGGACAAAACUGAUACAACGCUCGAACGUUCGACGUCAAACGAUGCGAGAAGUCGGCGACGUGAACGGCGAUUCUCUCAAUCAGAUGACGUCGCAUCGCAGUGUUCCAAAUGAUUUCCGGAUUGUCGAAUUCGCCUAA